AUGGUUCUUUACCGCCCCUCUGCCAACAAGAACGAGCUGAUCGUGGAAUCCAAGGCUAUGGUGAUCGUACCGUACGUGUGUAUGGGGCCGAACGGCACUUUGCGUUACGCGGAUCUUUCUGCGGUUGAGCACGGUGGGUACUCCUUGCAAGGGGCCUCGCCCAUGGUAGUCCCUCAAAAGGUGAUCGACCCUGACGCUGAUGGGUCGGAGCCGGUGCUUGACCAAGACAGCACUUUAGGAGCGUGGGCGCCUCCUGUGUCGAAGGUGCCCUACGUAGCUCGGUGUGCACGGUGGACUUCCACGCAUACCCCGAGCGAUGCGGCCGCCACCAAGUGGCAAGCUUGUGCCCAGAGGCGGUGCGUCACGGAAGUGCACAUGCCAGAUAGCUGGUUUGUUCCCAUGGAAGGUGACAAGGUGACGGAGGAGCACCGGGUUGAGUAUCCGGAUAAUCGCGAUGAGGAGAUCCGCGCUAUCGGGCGCGUGAUUUUCGAGAAGAGCGAAGCUCUGUGGAUCAAGGACACUCCUGAGACGAUGGUGCGUGGCUUCCUGCAUGACACGGUCACCAAGGGUGAGCCCGUGUCACAAGCCCCACUCAUCCGUGGUGGUGAACAUGCGGAGUGGUUGGAAGCUGAGAUUGCCAAGGCUUACCGCCGAGGGCAUUGUGUGAGUGGCGAGAGAAGCCGCGUAUGGCUAUUGAACCAGGUCACCGUGCGCGCGACCUUUGUCAUGCCUGAUUCCGUUUCCGUGAAGUGUGCGUCGGCGGGCAAGAAGUGGUACAGCACGGGUGAUGGAGUGUCUGGUUUUAAUCAGAUCGAGAACUCCCUCUUCGCCCAGCGCGUUUUAGCCGUGGUGAGUUGGUCCGGCAAGCAUUUGCCGAGGUCCCUAGGUUUCGGUCGAGGACUUCAGCCGAUUCGGUUUCCGGUCCUUCCGUCGUAA